AUGUUGCCUCCCACGGUGGACAAACAUCCAAGCAUCAUCACGAUGAUGACGCAUGAUGACUGGAUGCCCCAAGUUGGGCCGCGGAAGUACUUCCUCGAACCCCUGCGCCCAAAGAUCACCAGCCACCAUAGAACCAUGGACUUUGCUGGCGGCCAAGAAGAAUCGGCGUUGGUCACGGUGGAGAAGGAUCCUGGAGAUACCGGAGACAACGACAACCAGGAAAGAAAAGCCCACCACGCAGGUGAUGGUGGGUUCUGGCGGCAACGGAAAGACGCGGACGCCAAUGCACGGGGCCGCUGA